AUGUUUUCACGUCCUUUAAGUCGUGUAUUAAUUGGUGGUUUUGCUCGUCGUUCAUUGACAAGUCAAGCACGUAAUAAUAGUGGCCGACAACAAUAUCAAUGGUCACGAGCACGAUGGAAUUUUGGUCGUGCAAAAAGUACUGGAGUAGCAGCUACUGUUGCCUUAUCGGGUGGUAUUGCUUUUGUUUUACAUGCGUCGAAUGCACCAUCGGAUAAAAAAUUAGCAACAUCGUCAAAAGUUGAUUAUAAUGAAGUACGAAAAUCAAUUGCUGCUUUACUUGACGAUAACAAUUUUGAUGAUGGAAGUUAUGGACCUUUAUUGGUACGGUUAGGUUGGCAUGCUAGUGGAACUUAUUCACAUAUUGAUUCAACUGGUGGAUCUAAUGGAGGAUGUAUGAGAUUUCAACCAGAAAGUGAUUGGGGUGCUAAUAAAGGAUUGCAUUUGGCUCGACAACGUUUAGAAAGUGUUUAUCAUAAAUAUCCAGGUUUAACUUAUGCUGAUUUAUAUACAUUAGCUGCUGUCGUAGCCAUCGAAGAAAUGGGUGGCCCAAAAAUAAAAUGGCGGCCAGGUCGAUGUGAUCAUCCAGACGGUAAAAAAUCUCCACCUGAUGGUCGAUUACCAGAUGCUGCACAAGGUGCACAACAUAUUCGUGAUAUAUUUUAUCGAAUGGGUUUCACUGAUCAAGAAAUAGUUGCACUAGUUGGUGCUCAUUCAUUGGGAAGAUGUCAUACAGAUCGAAGUGGUUUUGAGGGACCAUGGACAUUUGCACCAACAACAUUUUCUAAUGAAUAUUUUCGUCUUUUAUUAGAAGAAAAAUGGCAAAUUCGUCGUUGGAAAGGACCAAAACAAUACGAAGAUGUAAAAACAAAAACAUUAAUGAUGUUACCAGCUGAUAUGGCGUUAAUUGAAGAUCCUGAAUUUCGAAAAUAUGUUGUUCAAUAUGCUAAGGAUGGUGAUACGUUUGCUAAAGAUUUUGCAGCUGCUUUUGAAAAAUUAUUAGAAUUAGGUGUAGAUUUUAAAACAACGGAUGGAAAUAAUAAAUCGUUAUGGUCAAGAAUUUUUGGUUGA